GUUCACAAUCCAGUUUGAAUUUUACAUUUUGCAUUUGGUUCUGUCAUGCAUAACUAAUGUUAGUCGUUUUCGGUAGUCCUAAUGGUGGUACCCGGGAUGGGAGCUUAUUGGAUGUGUGGAAAUUAGCUUUUUGAUUGCUCUGUCGUCUUCGAAAUUACCUGCUUACUAAUUUUUGGUUUUUACUAUUGGCAUUUCUUUAGGGUUGGCAAAUCUUGUAGACAAAUGAUUUUUUGAAUGUCAGCACUUCAGAUAAUCCCAGUACCCAUUCCUUGAAGUGAUACUGUUUUUUAAGUAGUCAUAUACUUAACUCUUUGUAAGUGUACUGAAGUUAAAAUAUAUGUUCAUCUUCAUCAAUUUCAUUUGUAGUUUUUGUUUUUUGCUGAAAAUAUCUUUUUAGCCCAAACUUCCAGUAACUAAUCCGCUUGACACUGAUUUGUGUUACUACAAGUAGCAAAAAUUCACAUUUUACAUUAGAUCACCAACUUUGAAUCCCACAAUUCCUUUAUGAUUUCACUGAAGUAUGUUCCAUAAAUUUCUUAACAAACCUUUAGUCAUUGAUUUUAUGCUCUUGCUACUGUUAUAAUAAGUAAUGUAAUGAACAUUUUAUUUAUAAUUUUCUACAUUUCUGGUUUCUUUAGUUCAGAUUUCUGAGAAAUAAGUCAAAUCUAUGAGUACUGAGAUUUUUAUGCAUAUUAUCGAAUUUAUUUCCAAAAUAUUUCAUUGUAAUUUCCUCAGUAAUCAGCAACUCUUUUAAGGAUUGUGAAAUAAAACACCAUUAAUCCACUUCCUGAAAAUGUGAAGAUGUAAAAUUUCUGUUGGUUAGUAAAUGUUUUUGUCAACUUAAAAUUUAAGUCAACUCUAUAUGCUAAUUACUAAGUGAGGAGUAAUCUAAAGAGAUAAAAUUAGUAACUUAUUUUAUCUCAAAUUUUCUCACAUUGUUAUACUCAAAAAAGCUAUGAGGAGACUACAGAUAUAGUUCAAUGGUAAACAUUUGCCUAGCAUGCUUGAGGUCCUGAAUUAUCCUGAAUUAUAAAAAAAGUUAUAUAUUCAAUAACAAUGCAUACACAACUACUAAAAUAUUUCUUUUUAUUCGAUGUCUCUAAAAUCAAAACUAAAGAAAUAAAAAUAUCUGAGCAUGGUUAUACAUGCCUGUAAUCUAGCAGCUGGGAGGGUGAGGAAGGAGGAUCAUCAUGAGUUGAAGGACAUCCUAGACUAUAUAGCAUGACCACGUCUCAAAAAAGGAGGAAAUAAAAGUAAUGACAAAAUGAUUAUCAUUUGUAAUGGUAAAACAAGGCUCCUGGAGGCAUCUUAUAUUUUUAUAAAAUCAUUGAAAUAUUAUCUGCUCUUUAUAGUACUUUGGCCUGCUGCUUUUUAUCCAUUGCUUGAGAUGUUACAUUUGCUUUGGUACGUCAUUCAUUAAACGAUGAAAAACUCUAUGAAAGUUGCUGUUCUAAAGAUCUACUGUGAACCAAGUAGUCGCAGACAUGGCUUGUGGGUUAGACUCUCUUAUAUACAAAAUUAAUCAGCAAAUUUUCUUCCAAGUCUCGAAUCAUUUUUGCCAAGCCCAUUUUGCAGAAAGGUAAGAUUAUCUCUUGAACUACAGGUAUCUUGCUGCAACAGAAUUGAAAAGUUGCCCCAGGUUCUAAAAGAUGAACUCAAGUAAAAAUAAAAACAUUUAUGCAAUUAUUGUGACUAGAGCUGGACUUCCAAGCUAGAAGCCACUACUGUCUUUUCACCCAUCCUUUUCCUCCACUCUUCAAGUUCACUCUUGCUCCUAGGAGAAGUGGAUGUGUCACACACACAACACACAACAUAUUAAACACACACACACACAAUAUGGGCUACAGAGGUGGGAAGUGAACAAUGCAAAAGCUGAAAGGAUGUUUUUAAAAAUUGCCAAACUCUUCUCUAACAAGACCCUAAUACAGGAAAAAAAUUGCCAAGCUCAGGAGGCUGAGGCAGGAAGUUUGUUGCAAGUUCGAGACUGUCUUGGGUUACAAAGUGAGCUCAAAGUCAGUCUGAACUGCAUAGCGAGACCCUAUCUUUAAAAAAAAAAAAAAAAAAGCCAAACUCACCACUUUCCUGAGAAAAUAAAUAGCUUAAAGUUUACCAUGCAGGAAAAUUUUGGUCAUUCCUAUAUUUUCACUGCAAGUUAAACAACAGAAUUUUGAGUUGUGUUCUAUUUGGGAGAAAUAGGGUUAGAAAUACGAAAGGUACAUUAAAAGCCGUGCAUCAACAAUAAAUUGCAAUAAUAGGUUAGGACUCUGAGCGUCGCUGUUCACCAAUCCCGGGGAAAAGACAACCAGAAAUUUCAUCCCCAGGGAGAUUUCUGCAGCACAAAGCACUGAUUCUGGGGCUUCAGGAGACCUUCCGCCCGGAUCCCCGCGAGCUCCAGCACCCCAUGGCGAAUGCACAUCGUUUUGGAAGGCAAGAAUCCUAAGACUCCUCAGGUCACGGAGAGACACCCAGCUGAGGACAUUCGCGGCCGGAAGGUAAUGGCGGCUCCUCGGUAUUCACCAGACUGCAGUGGACUGGUCUGGAUCUGCAUACUGCUGGGGGCUCUGUUGGAAAUCCGGGCAGAACAGAUCCGCUACUCAGUGCCCGAAGAGCUGGAGAAAGGCGCUGUGGUGGGGAACGUCGCCAAGGACCUGGGGCUGGAGCCCCAGAAGCUGGCUGAGCGCGGAGUCCGCAUCGUCUCCCGAGGUAGGACCCAGCUCUUUGCUCUGAAUCCCCGAAGCGGCAGCUUGGUGACUGCGGGCAGGAUAGACCGGGAGGAGCUGUGCGACCGCGCUCCAAGGUGUGUGGCAAACCUAGAGAUUCUCUUAGAGGAUAAAGUGAAGAUUUUUGAAAUAGAAGUGGAAAUUAUCGAUAUUAAUGAUAACUCGCCCACCUUUGGAACAGAGCAGAGGGAAAUUAAAGUUGCUGAAAAUGAAAUUCCUGGGAUAAGAUUUCCUCUCCCAGAAGCUUUCGAUCCAGACAUAGGGAUAAACUCCCUGCAAGGUUACCAGCUCAGCUCCAAUAGUCACUUCUCCCUGGACGUGCAAAGCGGGGCUGACGGGAUUAAGUACCCAGAGCUAGUGCUGGAGCGCGCCCUAGAUCGCGAGGAAGAGGCCGUGCACGAUCUCGUUCUCACUGCUGUGGACGGAGGAGACCCGGUUCGCUCCAGCACUGCCAGGAUUCACGUAACACUUAUGGACACCAAUGACAACGCUCCUGUAUUUACUCUCCCUGAGUACCGCAUAAGUGUUCGCGAGAACUUGCCCAUUGGCACUCGGCUCCUCACUAUAAAGGCCACUGAUCCAGAUGAAGGAGCCAAUGGAGAAGUGACAUAUUCUUUCCGGAAAGCAAGAGACAAAAUAUCCCAGCUAUUCCAGUUGAAUUCUUUGAGUGGAGACGUAACAAUAGUGGGAGAGCUAGAUUAUGAAGACUCUGGAUUCUAUGACAUAGAUGUAGAAGCCCAUGAUGGACCUGGUCUCCUAGCCAGAAGUAAGGUUCUGGUGACAGUUCUGGAUGUGAAUGACAAUGCUCCAGAAGUCACAGUUACUUCUCUCAUCAACUCAAUUCAAGAAAAUUCUUCUCCAGGUACAGUGAUUGCACUUUUCAAUGUGCAUGACAGUGACUCAGGAGAGAAUGGCCUUGUCGUUUGUUCUAUUCAGGAUAACCUACCAUUCAGGCUUGAAAAGACCUAUGGAAAUUAUCAUCGGUUGUUGGUACACAGAAGUUUGGACAGGGAAGAAGUCUCAGAAUAUAACAUUACAGUAACUGCCACAGACCAGGGAACUCCACCACUGUCUACAGAGACUCAUAUCUCACUGCAGGUGGUGGAUAUCAAUGACAACCCACCUACCUUCACUCACGCCUCCUCCUCUGCCUACAUCCAGGAAAACAACCCCAGAGGGGCCUCCAUCUUGUCUAUCACAGCCCAGGAUCCUGACAGUGGAGAGAAUGCCCAAGUCACCUACUCCCUGGCUGAGGACACCAUUCAGGGGGCACCUCUGUCAUCCUAUGUCUCCAUCAACUCCAACACUGGUGUCCUGUAUGCACUGCGUUCCUUUGAUUAUGAGCAGUUCCGAGAUCUGCAGCUACUGGUGACUGCCAGGGACAACGGGAACCCUCCACUCAGCAGCAAUGUAUCACUUAACCUGUUUGUGCUGGACCAGAAUGACAACACACCCGAGAUCCUGUACCCUGCUCCCCCGACUGAUGGCUCCACUGGUGUGGAGCUGGCACCCCGAUCUGCAGAACCUGGCUAUCUAGUGACCAAGAUUGUGGCAGUAGACAGAGACUCAGGUCAGAAUGCCUGGCUGUCCUAUCGCCUGCUCAAGGCCAGUGAGCCGGGGCUUUUCUCAGUGGGGCUGCACACGGGGGAGGUUCGCACAGCAAGAGCCCUGAUGGACAGAGAUGCUCUCAAACAGAGCCUCUUGGUGGCUGUGCAGGAUCACGGCCAGCCCCCUCUCUCUGCCACUGUCACUCUCACCAUAGCAGUGGCUGACAGCAUCCCAGAUGUCCUAGCUGACCUGGGCAGCAUCAGGACCCCCACCAAGCCUGAUGAUUCUGAUCUCACCCUUUACCUGGUGGUGGCUGUGGCAGCUGUCUCCUGUGUUUUCCUGGCAUUUGUCAUUGUACUACUGGCACUCAGGCUGCGGCGCUGGCACACAACUCGUCUCCUUCAGUCUACCAGUAGUGGGUUAGCAGGGAUGCCCACCUCUCACUUUGUGGGUGUGGAUGGGGUGCAGGCUUUUCUGCAGACGUAUUCACAUGAGAUCUCACUCACUGCGGACUCAAGAAAGAGCCACCUGAUCUUCCCACAACCCAACUACGCAGACACACUCAUCAGCCAAGAGAGCUGUGAGAAAAGUGAGCCUCUUCUGAUAACUCAGGAUUUACUUGAAACAAAAGGAGACCCUAAUCUUCCUCAGGUCCAAAGAAGGGAGACGGUGAUGCAUUUGGGAGGCUCGGAGGGUAACUUCCUGCUUAAACCACCGCGCAGAAGAGACCAGUACGAAUUCGGAUGCGGGAAACAAAAUCAGGAAAAGCAACCCCACCUGGGAAUCAGCUGUACACAGAGGGCUUUUUUCCUGCUAUCCACAAAGGAGCAGCAGCAGAGGGAGGCAGAAGAUGAGACCAAGAGCGGGGACCAGCCGCCCGGCCCUGCGGCUGCAGGUACUGUGGCCCUUUGUGCUGUCUUUGUUCGGCCGGGCUCUCCCGGACCAGAUCCGCUAUUCGAUUCCAGAGGAGCUGGCCAAAAACUCGGUCGUAGGAAACCUCGCCAAGGACUUGGGACUCCGUGACCAAGACUUGCCUGCGCGGAAGCUGCGGGUCAGUGCAGAGAAGGAAUACUUUACUGUAGACUCAGAGAGCGGGGACUUGCUUGUGAGUGACAGGAUAGACCGAGAGCAGAUUUGCGGGAAGCAGCUUCUGUGUAUUGUGGAUUUCGAUGCUGUCGCUGAAAACCCACUGAAUAUUUUCCAUG